CGCCGCGGUGGUGCUUCUGGUGUUGUGUGCCAUUUUCGGCGCCGGGCACAUUUCCGAAUCGCGGUGGCAUUGUUAGGCUGGCUCGAUCUCCCGAGUCGUCCGUUCGCUCCUUUUGUUUCUUGUUCCGUGUCAUUUCCAACAGUUGCUCCCGCUUGCUUUGUGUGCAGUGCGGGGCAGUAGAGUUUGCGAGCGCAACGCCUGCUUUAGGCGCAGCAUGUGAAGUACGUAGGUGUGCGAGCGUGCGCGCACACACGCGCGCAUCAUCAUGCAAACAUGUAACGCCUUCUCUUUGACCUAAUGUGCGUCGCCGAUUUGGUUUUGAAACACUUUGUGGCGUCCACGCGCUCAUAUUUAUUGCACGCGUCCGUGUUCCGCGCCGCAUGCCAGAGCGAGGGCUUUUUGUGUGAAUGUGCAGAUGGAGUGGUGUGAGGCAGCUGCUCUGUGGUUAUCUGCGGAGCAAACGCACUCGCAGGCAAAAUUACAGCGAGUUGAAAUGUCGCUUUGGGCGCUUGGCUGAAAUGGUUCAAAAUGGCGCAACAAUGGGCGGUACUUGGGCUUUGAACUAUGCCCGCUCGCUGCUCCCAGUGGUGGCAUUUUUAAGGACAUAAUCAAAAUGUCCUCCAACUGCGAACAUUUUCUACUUUUUCCCCUCUCGCCCUCGGUGUUGGCGCGGCAGAAAACACGUCACCGUCCGAUGUGCGCAAGCAAGUUUACAUGCAUAUCCGGGGACGUGCGUGUGAGGGAGUUUGGUUGAGCCGUGGACAAAAGGGCUGAACCCAGCGUGCAGGCGCCAGUUUCCGGGACUUUGCUGCGUUUUUUUUUUUUUUUUUUUUAAGAAACUCUCCUGUUGGAGAGGAAACUAAACGGGACUUUAAGGAUGGACUUGACAGAGCAUGUGGCGAUGGAGAUAGUGAAGGUGUGGAGCGAGGACGGGGCUGGCAAAGUGGUGGAAAUCCCGGCGGACAUGACGGCCAGAGACGUGUGCCAGCUCCUGGUCUACAAGAGCCACUGUGUGGACGACAACGCCUGGACGCUGGUGGAGCACCACCCCAUCCUUGGCCUUGAGAGAUGCCUGGAGGACCACGAACUGGUGGUUCAGGUUCAAGCUUCCAUGAGCAGCGACAGCAAAUUCCUCUUCAGGAAGAACUAUGCCAAAUAUGAAUUCUUCAGGAACCCCCUGAACUUUUUUCCAGAGCAGAUGGUGGCUUGGUGUCAGGAGUCUGAUGGCACAAUCCCUCAAUCACAGCUCUUACAGAACUUCCUGAACUCGAGCAGCUGUCCAGAGAUUCAGGGCUAUCUGUUUGUGAAGGAACCUGGACGCAAGUCUUGGAAGAAGCUCUACAUGUUCCUGCGACGCUCCGGCCUCUACUUCUCCACUAAAGGAACAUCCAAGGAGCCCCGGCACCUGCAGCUGUUGUCUGAUCUGGACGACAGCAACAUAUUCACCACGAUCACCGGCAGAAAACUACACAAUGCGCCGACAGACUACCAGUUCUCCAUCAAGCCCAGUAAAGCGAGAGGGGACUGUAAGGAGCUGAAGAUGUUGUGCGCUGAAGACGAGCAGAGCCGGACGUGCUGGAUGACUGCCUUCAGACUUCUAAAGUAUGGCCUUGUCCUAUAUAAGAGCUACAGCGUCCCCCAGCAGAGGAAGACCAACCUCUCGCAAUUCUCCACGCCUGUGCGAAGUGUGUCAGAGAACUCCCUGGUGGCGAUGGACUUCUCGGGACGGACUGGCCGUGUCAUCGACAACCCCGUGGAGGCCCAGAGCGCUGCCGUGGAGGAGGGACAGACAUGGAGGAAACGGAGUCAGCGUAUGAAUGUCCUGGGCAGCCCGUCGCCCCUGCACCCGUCCUCUCUGAGCACAGUCAUCCACAGGACGCAGGUUUGGUUUCACGGUCGCAUCAUGAGAGAAGAAGCCCACAAAAUGAUCAUACAACAAGGCCAAGUAGAUGGGUUAUUCCUCUUGCGGGACAGUCAAAGUAACCCCAAGGCCUUCGUGCUCACUUUGUGCCAUCACCAGAAGAUCAAGCACUUCCAAAUUUUACCGUGUGAAGAGGACGGUCAAGUGUUCUUCAGCCUGGACGACGGCGCCACCAAGUUCACCGACCUGAUCCACCUGGUGGAGUUCUACCAGCUCAACAGAGGAGUGCUGCCCUGCAAGCUCAAACACCCGUGCACCGCCGUGGCCUUGUGACACUCCUUCUCCUCACCCCUUUCAGUUUUUUGGUUUGCACACCUCACAGAUGCCCCCACACCCCGCACCCCACCACCACCCAAGACCCUACCUUUCUGCCCCCACGCCCCCGGUGAGUCAAGUCUGGGUGAAGAAGUGAAGCGAGCUUUUGGCUGCCUUAUUUCUUUUUGGAGGUUUGAAAAGGGCGCAGAACGUUGUGGAUUGUGGACUCCUGCGUCGCUGCCACGGAGACCAGAACGUUUGUGAUGGUGCACAGAAGCUCGUGAAUGAUGGCUCUCCUUCCAUUGAACCCCCCCGCCCCCCGUGCCCCCUUCCGAUCCCACUCUAUUUCCCCCCCAGGCCUGAUAAGCUGUGGUGCAGGAAGCGCCACCCUUCUUCUUCUUCUUCUUCUUCUUCAUUGAUCAUCAGGGAUGGAGGGGAAUCCCUCCGGGUCUCGAGCAAACUUUGGAUCCAGGAGGUUUUCUCAACCUGUGCAGUCCAGUCUGGAUAAGCUGACACCAUGACACCGCCCACUCCACCAAACCACACCCACAGCCCCACCCAAACCCACCCUAUGCGUGUGGCUCUACUGCUGUGUCCGGGAUCAAGUCAAGCGCGAGGAGAAGGAUCUAAACGAGCAGAGGCUUAUCAGAAAGGACAAAGGAAUGUUUAUCAGGAAGGCCGAGACGAGCCUCUCUUUUAGACUUGAUUACUUGAUGUCAUUUUAAUGCUGUUUUUAUGACUGUUGAUUAAAUGCAGAACUAGUUUGCACUCGUGUGCGGGGAGAGGGGGCGGGGUGGCACCGGUCAAUCAUCAUCAUCAUCAUCCUCCUCCUCCUCCUCCUCCUCCUCCUCUUCCAAGUGGGAGAAACAUGCAUGUCGAUCUCCAUCCACGCUGAUGGGAUUUAAAACAAGAGGAGGCAAAGAGAGUCACGGCUGACGAUGCAGGUUUGGCAACAUCCCGGAGAUGUAUGUAGCUCACGGCGCCGUGGCCAAACUACUGUUGGAAUGGAGAGAGCAAGAGAGAGGGAGGCAGACAGAGAGAGAGAGAGGGGAAAAGUGCAACUAGGAAGAGGAGGAGGAACGUCUGAAUCCGCCGAGACCAUUUGAAAUGAAAAGGGUUAUUUGUUGGCUUUGUGAAUGUCAUUUUGCUUUUAUUCCCCGAGUCUGUUUUCAGCUCGCUGCUUGCACAUUUUCAAUGAUCCAGAGGUUAGAGUAGAGCGUCGGAGGCAUCCUGAAGACUCCCGCUUCCCCCUCCCCC